AACAGUAAACAUAUAAAAAAUUUACAAAAAAAUUAUUUUCUUUUCCAAAUUAAAAGUAAAACAAAAAUGUCGCGCUCACUGGGACGUUUGUCAUUGCAACUUUUGAAGCCGCUACCAUGUCAACGGUGCAGUAAAUGCUGCAAAAGCAACAAUACGGUCAAAUGUGAUUGUGAGAAGACUGGCGUGUGUAACUGUGGCCCGGACUGCCAGUGUCCGCAUUGCAAGAAGACGCCAUGCCCGAUUGGACCCAAGCCAAGGACUGCGCAUGAUCCACCAAUUGGCUAUGAUCCCAAGGGACUAACAACCGCAGCUUUUAAGCUGCCGCCUUUUAUCAAACCCUUUGUAAUUCGGCCCAUGGAGCAGGGCGAGGUACUGGGCCCCGAUGCGGCUAGCCAUAAAUGCGGUGCGUAACAAGUGCCACGAAUAACAAGUGCAAUCCAUAUUGAGAGCGGGGGACACAUUUAAGUAGCCGACGAGAGCAUUAUGACGCACUAAUCGUAUUAGCCUGCUGCUCGUUAGUCCCCAGCGAGGACUAUCGCCAGCCAAAUGCGAUUUCCGCACAUUCUGCCUUGUUUCCGGAUUACUACGUGCGCCAUUUUUCGCACAGGUGACAUAAUGACCCGGACUACGAAACACACACACACACACGCUCGCACACACACACAUAAUUAGAACAGCAGCAGAGCAGCAGUCGGAGCUGCAUCCACCAGCUUUUUGUAAUUCAGCAAAUCGGUUUAGUCGAGCAAGCAAACCAAACCAAAAAGAAAUGUAAACUUGGCUUUCAGUCAUUGCCGCUUGCUUUAAGCCGUUAAUCUUGGCAACUCACAUCGAACAUAAUGGCCAACCAUAUUUAUGUUAUGUGCUUGUAAUAUUAACGGAAUCUUUGCUAAACGUUUAUUGCUGCCGUUUGACAUGAAUUUUGUAAUGGAGUCCAAAGGUGUGCUUUAAAAAUUAUAAUAAAAAAUAAAUAUUUUGAAAAUA